AUGGCUAAAAGAAUAGAUGGCCUCCAACUAGCUUCAGUGAGUACAACAAAUCAGACUUCAAUUGAAUGGGGUCAAAAUGAAGCAGGCAAUGUUGAGCAACAACAAGAACAAGUUCAAUACAUGCAAAAUACCUCAAGUUCAUUUCAAAAUGACUUUCAUGACGACACAUACAACUCAUCCUGGAGGAACCACCCCAACCUGAGAUGGGGUGAUAAUCAAAACCAGUGGCAGAAGAACAACAACUCCAACUAUUUCCGCAACACACACAACCAAAACCACCCAUCCAACAACACUAACCAAUACAAGAAACCACAAAACACAUAUCAACCACCUCACCACAAUCCACAAACUCAUCAAAAUAGCAUUCUCGCACCAACAUCUAACCCCCAAAGUUACCACACUACCCCUACAAACAACUUCCAGCAACCACAUUCCACCCCCAUCAUACCACCAAUUGACCAUCAUGAAAGUAGACUUUCAAGUCUUGAGGCAGCCCUACAAGCAAUUGCUCAGUCCACUCAAAGCUUGAUCAAAGUGCAAGAAAGAAAUGAAGCUACCAUGAAGAGUCUUGAACGGCAAGUGGGACAAUUGGCUAAACAAGCUGAACGGCCAACCAAUAUCCUCCCAAGUGACAUAGUGUCCAACCCAAGAGAAGAAUGCAAAGCUCUUCAGUUGAGAAGUGGCAAAGUAAUUGGAGGAAGUCCUAACAAAGAAGUAAUAAAACUCAAAGAGCAAGGCACAUCAAGCAAGCAAGAUGAAGACAAGAUAGCAACAUCCCAAGAAGGCAAGGAAGAUGAAAAGCCACAAAGCAAGACACCCACUCCAGACAACCACCCCAAUAACAAGGAGAGUGUGAAGCCACAACAGGAGAACAAGAAUGAAGGAGUGAAAGUCUAUGUGCCCAAACUUCCAUAUCCAACCAGGAUACACAAAGGAACGAGAGAUCAACAAUUCCCAAGGUUCUUGGAAAUCUUUAAGAAACUUGAAAUCAACAUCCCAUUGGCGGAGGCCUUGGAACAAAUGCCACUAUAUGCAAAGUUUCUUAAAGAAUUAAUCACCAAAAAGAGAAGUUGGCAAGAGAAAGAAACAGUGAUCCUCACUCAAGAGUGUAGUGCCAUUAUUCAAAGGGGACUGCCACCAAAACUCAAGGAUCCAGGCAGCUUCCUCAUACCAUGCACAAUUGGGAGUAUAGCCAUUGACAAAUCACUCUGUGACCUGGGAGCAAGCAUUAACUUGAUGCGCCUUACCAUGAUGAAGAAAAUGAUGAUAGAAGAGUUGAAACCCACAAGGAUGUCACUCCAACUUGCUGACAAAUCUAUCAAAAUACCGAAUGGUGUAGUUGAGAAUCUCUUGGUGAAAGUGGGGAACUUUAUAUUCCCAGCUGAUUUUGUGGUCCUAGAUAUAGACGAAGAGGGGAGCAACUCAGUUAUCCUUGGUAGACCCUUUUUGGCUACAGCUAGAACAAUCAUUGAUGUGGAAAAGGGAGAGAUAAUCUUCAGGGUACAUGAUGAGCAAAUGACCAUAAAUGUCUUCAAGGCAAUGCAACACCCCGUUGAGAAAGAGAGUUACAUAAGGAUUGAUGUGGUGGAUUCUUUAGUAGAAGAAGUACUUGAAAUAAACCAUCAAGUGAAACAGGAGGAAGUCCAGGACAUCCAAGGACAAGAAGAGAACAAAUUGGAAACACCAGAGGAACCAAGUGAAGCUAAGAAAGAAGAGGCACCACAACAAGAGUUGAAACCACUACCCCCUCAUCUUAAAUAUGCAUUUCUUGGUGAAAAGGACAGUUUUCCAGUGAUCAUCAAUUCUACAUUGAGUGCUGAGGAAGAAAAAAGCUACUUGUAG